UCUAAGAACUGAAACAAUGAUUAUAAAAAUAAUAUUCAUUUAUUUGUUAAUUCCAAAAAGUCUUGUGUUUAAUAAACGCUAUGAACCAGAUUGGGAUAGUUUGGACACACGACCAAUACCCAAAUGGUAUGAUCAAGCAAAAAUUGGAAUAUUUAUUCAUUGGGGUGUAUUUUCAGUACCAAGUUUUGGUAACGAAUGGUUUUGGUACUUUUGGAAAAAUGAAAAUGCAUCCAGCUAUAUAGAAUUUAUGAGCCGAAAUUAUCCACCAGAUUUCACAUAUCAGAACUUUGCAGCUGAUUUUACUGGUGAAUUUUUCAACCCAAAAGAGUGGGUUAAAUUAUUUGUGGAUUCUGGAGCAAAAUAUGUUGUUUUAACAUCAAAACAUCAUGAAGGGUAUACACUAUGGCCUUCAAGUCAUACUUUUGGUUGGAAUUCAAGAGAUAUUGGACCAGGAAAAGAUUUAGUUGGUGAGUUAGCAACUGCUGUUCGAGCAGAAUCGAAUAUCAAAUUUGGUUUGUAUUAUUCGAUGAAAGAAUGGUACCAUCCAUUAUAUUUAGAAGAUAAAAGUAAUGAUUUUCAAACCAAUUAUUUUGUGUACAAUAAAACUCUACCAGAAUUGCGUGAAAUCACAGAAAAGUAUCUGCCCGAUGUUAUAUGGUCAGAUGGUGUUAUUGAAGCUACCGAAGAAUAUUGGAAAGGACCAGAUUUUUUAGCAUGGCUGUAUAACGACAGUCCUGUUAAAGAUACUGUGGUGGUUAAUGAUCGUUGGAGUAUAUCAGCACGAUGUAAACAUGGUGAUUUUAUCACUUGUGUUGAUAAUUAUAAACCAGGAGAGUUACAAAAGAAAAAGUGGGAAAGUGCAAUUACCACAGAUAAAACUUUAGCAUUUGGAUAUCGUCGUGAAUCAUUAGCAACUGAUUAUCGUUCAAUAAAAGAAAUAUUACAAAUAUUAAUUGAAACAAUUAGUUUAGGCGGUAAUCUAUUAAUAAAUGUAGGGCCUACAAAAGAGGGAACAAUUAUACCAAUAUUACAAGAGCGUUUACAAAAUAUAGGUAAAUGGUUAAACAUAAAUGGUGAAGCGAUUUAUAAUAGUUCUAUAUGGAUUAAACAAAACGAUACGAUAAAUGGUGAUGUUUGGUAUACCACACGAACCGAUUUAGAUGAUAAACCGGUGUAUGCAAUGUUCUGUGAAUGGCCAGAUGAUAUUGAAAAUAAAUUGUUAAUUAGCUAUACAGACGAGUUAUUUACUAAACAUACGAGAAUUACUUUAUUAGGCUACGAAAAUGUUACCUUAAAGUGGAAGAACAAAAAUGGAACUGCAGUCGAAAUAAUUUUACCAGCAAAUGCCUUACGAAGUUUGGAAUGGUGUUGGGUAUUAAAAUUAACUUUAACUGUUACACAAAAUGAAAUUUAA